AUGGCCACGUGGGCCGCGAGGGAACGCCUCCGCACAGGUUUGUCCCUGCCGCUGCGCCGUAGCCGAGAAGACCCGGAAGAACGCCCGACGGAGGACGGCGCGCCGGCUCGGGGCGGCUGGAUCAGCCUCGUCACCGAGUGGCUCAACCUCGUCUGCAAGUGGUUUCUCUUUGGAGACCGGCCCUUCUGGUGGGUCCACGAGUCUGGGUACUACAACCAGGCUCCAGCCCAGGUUCACCAGUUCCCUUCUUCAUGUGAAACUGGUCCAGGCAGCCCCUCCGGACACUGCAUGAUCACAGGGGCAGCGCUGUGGCCUGUGAUGACGGCGCUGUCUUCCCAGGUGGCCACCCGGUCACGCAGCCGGUGGGUUCGGGCCAUGCCCAGCCUGGCCUACUGCACUUUCCUACUGGCUGUCGGGCUGUCCCGGAUCUUCCUCCUGGCACACUUCCCCCACCAGGUGUUGGCUGGGCUGGUGACUGGUGCAGCCCUGGGCUGGCUGAUGACCCCCCGAGUGCCCAUGGAGCGGGAGCUCAGCUUCUAUGGGCUGACAGCACUGGCCCUCAUGCUGGGUGCCAGCCUCAUCUACUGGACCCUCGUCACGCUGGGCCUGGAUCUGUCCUGGUCCAUCAGCCUGGCCUCCAAGUGGUGCGAGCGGCCUGAGUGGGUGCACGUUGACAGCCGGCCCUUCGCCUCCCUGAGCCGUGACUCUGGGGCUGCCCUGGGCCUGGGCAUUGCCCUACACUCGCCCUGCUACGUCCAGGUCCGCCGGGUACAGCUGGGCAUUGGCCAGAAGGUGACCUGCCUGGCUCUGGCCAUGGGGCUGCUGGGUGCCCUGAGCUGGCUGGGCCAUCCGCCACAGGCCAGCCUCUUCUAUGUGUUCAACUUCCUCAAGUACACACUGUGGCCCUGCUUGGUGCUGGCCCUGGUGCCCUGGCUGGCCCACUCCCUCAGUGCCCCAGACGCCCCGCCCUCCCGCUCCUCCUGACUCUACCCUGGGCCCCCCCACUCCAAACACAGCUCCCGCCCUGGCCCUUACUGCGGAGUCCCACUCCUGCCUCCAGGUCUUUGCCUUCCAGGAGGCAUCUCCUGUUUCCCUGCAAGGCUGAACUGGUCCUGCCUCCAGCUCCCCAUGCGAAGGGUAAAAGACUGUUCCUGCAGCACAGCUGGGUAGGGGCAGGGGCGCCAAUACACUCCUGUAAACUCGG